UUUACCAAAACUCGCUGAAGCAGACCCCUGUGGCAUCUCUGGACACUUGUACCCUCCUGGGGGAAAGGGUGUGAGAUGGCAGACAGGCUAGCAGAAAACCAUCAGAGAGGAGGCUGGAGGAUUUAGCUGCUCUUUGCUUCCCCCUGGCAAUCUGAGACCCUUCCGGGCAUAGCAGGCACCAUGGACUCCCCAGGAUACAACUGCUUUGUGGACAGAGACAAGAUGGAUGCCACCAUCCAGGACCUGGGGCCCAAGGAACUGAGCUGCACUGACCUGCAGGAGCUGAAGCAGCUGGCACGCCAGGGAUACUGGGCCCACAGCCACGCACUGCGGGGAAAGGUGUACCAGCGCCUGAUCCGGGACAUCCCCUGCCGCACAGUCACGCCAGAUGCCAGCGUGUACAGUGACAUCGUGAGCAAGAUUGUGGGCAAGCACAGCAGCAGCAGCCUGCCCCUGCCCGAGUUUGUAGACAACACGCAGGUGCCCAGCUACUGCCUGAAUGCACGGGGCGAGGGCGCUGUGCGCAAGAUCCUCCUGUGCAUUGCCAACCAGUUCCCUGACAUCUCCUUCUGCCCUGCCCUGCCAGCUGUGGUGGCCCUGCUGCUACACUACAGCAUUGAUGAGGCCGAGUGCUUUGAGAAGGCCUGUCGCAUCCUGGCCUGCAAUGACCCCAGCAAGAAGCUGAUUGACCAGAGCUUCCUGGCCUUCGAGUCUUCCUGCAUGACGUUUGGGGACUUGGUGAACAAGUACUGCCAGGCGGCCCACAAGCUGAUGGUAGCUGUGUCGGAGGACGUCCUGCAGGUCUAUGCAGACUGGCAGCGCUGGCUGUUUGGGGAGUUGCCCCUCAGUUACUUCGCCCGGGUCUUCGAUGUCUUCCUGGUGGAGGGCUACAAGGUGCUGUACCGCGUGGCGCUGGCCAUCCUCAAGUUUUUCCACAAAGUGAGGGCAGGACAGCCCCCUGAGUCCGACAAUGUGAAGCAGGACAUCCGCAUGUUUGUCAAGGACAUUGCCAAGACAGUGUCUCCUGAGAAGCUGCUAGAGAAAGCGUUUGCCAUCCGCCUCUUUUCCCGCAAGGAGAUCCAGCUCCUGCAGAUGGCCAACGAGAAGGCCCUAAAGCAGAAGGGCAUCACCGUCAAGCAGAAGAGUGUUUCACUUUCUAAGAGGCAGUUUGUGCACUUGGCCGUCCAUGCAGAGAACUUCCACUCAGAGAUCGUCAGCGUGAAGGAGAUGAGAGACAUCUGGUCCUGGGUCCCUGAGCGGUUCGCCCUCUGCCAACCCCUCCUGCUGUUCUCCUCACUGCAGCAUGGGUACAGCCUGGCCAGGUUCUACUUCCAGUGUGAAGGACAUGAGCCCACCCUCCUGCUCAUCAAGACCACUCAGAAGGAGGUAUGUGGAGCUUAUCUAUCAACAGACUGGAGUGAGAGAAAUAAGUCUGGAGGCAAAUUGAGCUUCUUUGGGACUGGAGAAUGCUUUGUGUUUAGGCUGCAGCCUGAGGUGCAGCGCUACGAGUGGGUGGUCAUCAAGCAUCCGGAGCUGACCAAGUCAACGUCCCUUGUGUCUCCGGAGACCACCACCACCACCUUCUCCUCACUCAGCCACUCUGCCUCCUCGGACCCUGCGGACCGCCUCUCGCCAUUCCUAGCUACUCGGCACUUCAACUUACCCUCCAAGACCGAGUCUAUGUUCAUGGCAGGUGGCAACGACUGCCUCAUCAUCGGAGGAGGCGGUGGCCAGGCCCUUUACAUCGACGGGGACCUGAACCGGGGCCGCACAGGACACUGCGACACUUUCAACAACCGGCCCCUCUGCUCUGAGAACUUCCUUAUCGCGGCCAUUGAGGCCUGGGGCUUCCAAGACCCUGAUACCCAGUGACAGUGGCACCACAGCCAUUAAGAGCCUGAAGCUUUUUACUGGGCCACGCUGCGUGGUCACAUCUGAAGAGGUGGCACUGGAGAGCCAUCUGACCCACCCAAACAGCCAGCUCCAUGCCCAGGGGUCUGCCCAGAGAAGCCCAGACCCAUGGGGGCUUCUCAGCUCUCCUCCUCUCCAGCCCUGUGGACUCCUUGAACCCCCUGCUGCCACCCAUUUCACCUCUGUCACUGCAGUGACCCAAGGCCCAGAGUCAUAUCCAGGCCCCUCAGUAUGGCAUGCUCAUCUCACUCUGGCCCCAGUUCCUUCCCUCAUCAGGCCCUGAACCCUCCCAGGCCCUACCCACACAGUACCUCCUUGGUCAUCCUGUGUGGAUGCAUGUCCUCCCUCUGUCCCUCUCGUGGCAUUGUGGCUGACCACAGGUCAGGGUUUUCUGGGCCACCGCCUCUCCUUUUUCAGCCUUUGGAGAGCUGGCCAGAUGCAUGGUAGGUGCCAAGGGAGGACUCUGCAAGGAGCAGCCCCUGCACUAUGACCCCCCCAUGCCCUGUGACCUCCUUGAGCUGGUCCUGAGGGCCUGGGCACCAUGGAGGGAAGAGGGGUAAAGCAGAGGCCCAAGUGAUUGUGUUGGGCCCACCGUGGAGGCCUGGCUCACAGACACAGCCCAUACUUCUCCCCCAGCACUGUGCUGCUGCCCAUCUUCAUUGCUUGCUCUUCCUGUAGGGGUUUGACCUCCCCUGUCCAUGUUCUCAUGUUGGCUCUGAACAGGGCCACAGUGGUGCAGGAGGAAGAAUCAAGAACCCUGUGUGGCUUUGGACAAGCCAGCAAACUGUAACUCAGUUUCCCCAACUGUGAAAUGGAGCCUAGUUAUCCUGCCCUCUUUUCCUCUUCAUGAGGCUAUUGAGAGGCUCCCAGGGAGAUCAUGUGAGUCCCUCUUGAGGGGAUGUGCUGGGAGGGGUCUCACCACCUACUUCUUAGACCAUUGCAGCCCUCCCCGCCCUUCUCUGAGCCCCCACCACCCUCAUUUGUACCAUAACUUCAGUGUUCAUUAAACACAGUCUUGUUGCAUCA